AUGAAGUUUUUGGUUGUACUUAUAAUCCAGAUAACGGCUUGCAUUCUCGUGGCCGGAAAUGAUAACAACUUCCUGUUCAACUCUGAUCGCUUCCCAGAAAAUGAAGCAACGCCCACGCUGGGCAACGGCGUUAUCGGAUUUGUAGUCCACAGCGACGCCGUCUUUCUAAAUGGAGUCUUCAACGGAGCUCGCGAGCGCAGCCAUCGCGCACGCAUCCCAAACUACGCCAACCUGCAGCUGGAGACGUGCGAUCAUCGAGCUGGUGUUCAAUCGCAGUGUUCGUACCAGCUGGACAUGAGGUUCGGCCGCUUCCGGACGAUCUACAGCGAUCCCGCUUUGCGGUACCGGGUGGUCCACGAUGUGUACCCGCAUCGGUUUUGGCCGAACGUGAUCGUGAAUCAGUUUCGCUUGCAGCGAUUGGACGGUCAAGGGGUAAUUCAAGUGCGUAUGCAGCAGAUCGCUGGGGCUCAGUCUGCGGAUGUGACCUUUGAUCCGGCUGCCCAGGUGGAUGUCAACGGUGAGCUGUACCUGGUCCAGUGUGGACGCACUAACGAAUUGGAAGAUCCGCUGUUGCAAGCCGUACGAACUGAGGUUUGCGUGUACUAUCGGGACUACCCAACAGUGAUGGAGCUUCCUUCUGAUCGCACCGCACAUGAGUUCGUCUUCUUUACUGGUUUUGGAACCGAUAGAACAGCAGUGCUGAAUCAGUUGCGAGUAAUUAGCCCUUUGAACACUGAAAGGGUACAAACUUCAGAGAUGAAUAGACUGUGGGAAACCUGGGGUAUAACUGUCAGUGGUAGCGAAGAACUGGAUCGAGCGAUUAAGGCUAGUGCGUUUCACAUUAUCUGUAACAUUCCUGAAGAUUCUACAAUCACGAAUCAACCAAUUGGAACGUCCCCGUCCGGACUGGGCCGGGGAGGAUCUCCUGGGCAAGAUUUCCAGGGUCACACUCACUGGGAUCAAGACUUAUGGAUACUUCCAGUGGUGACACUUCUUAAUCCGACCGCCACACGCGCGAUGUUGCGCUACAGAGCUGGUCGUGCAAGCGCAGGAGCAGCUGCCAACGCAGCAGAUAAUGGUAACGAGGGCUGGCAGUACCCGUGGGCAUCGGCACAAACAGGUCGCGAAGUAUCACCCUCAGCGGAUGCCGCUGAACUGCAGCACCAUGUCACCGCGGAUGUUGCAUUCGCUACUCGACUCUAUCUGGCCGCUACCAACGAUCUCGCCUGGCUGAGAGCAGAGGGUUGCCAGCUGGCCUACCAGACCGCAAAGUUUUGGAUGAACCGAGCCGUUUACAAUGAAGAAACGGACAAGUUCGACAUCCGUUUCGUCACUGGACCGGACGCCAGCCACCGCAACGUGUCCAACAACGCCUUCACGAAUGUGGUAGCUGCUCACAACCUGUUUUUCGGCGAGUUCGCCGGCUGUAUGUGCAGGGCAGCGCUACAAUUGAGCCAGGGUGACUGGGAAUUGCUAACACGGACAGCCCGAAGCCUGCAACUUCCGUACGAUUCAACAGUUGACUUCCAUCCCCAGUUUGAAGGAUUCACCCAAGGUACCCAGGUCGGACAAGCCGAUGCCGUACUACUGAUCUACCCGUUACAGCUACCAAUGAAAGACAUUACCAAACAACAGAACCUCCGAAUCUAUAGCCAAGCUACACCAGCCAACACCCCAGCAAUGACCUGGCCCAUAAUCGCAAUUGGUUGGCUCGAUUUGGACGAACCCACUCUUGCAGCUACCCAUCUACGACGGAGCUACCAACCGUACCUGCGUCCCCCCUUCAACGUGUGGAACGAACGGCCUGCGGGAUUCGGUGGAGCGUCCAACUUUGUAACCGGUGCCGGUGGUUUCCUACAGGCCAUCCUCAACGGUUACGCCGGCAUUCGGUUGCAAGACAGCGAGCUGACCCUUAAACCACGGCUACCACCGGGUACGACUCGGCUGUUCAUCCCCCGUAUUCACUACAUGCAGUCGGUGUUCUCGUUGGAAAUACUCCCGGAUAAGUUUACGAUCAGUACUGACCUGGCCAACCUUACGCCGCUAGAGUUUCUUGUUGACAACCAAGGAUACGAGAUGUGUAGCUUCUGUGUUGCAAACAAGUAA